AGGCAGCAGGAGCAGAGAGCAGCCAUUGCUGUGUCUGGCAGCAGGAGGGGGAGUAUAUAGAGGAACACAGGGGUCUGUACAAGGACGUGAUGAUGGAGAAUCACCGGCCCCCUCACAUCAUUGGAUGGGCCCAGUAACAGAGAUACCCCAGAGAGAUGUCCCCGUCCUCUGUAUUUCCAGGACUGUACAGAGGAGAAUCACAGGACCCCACAGGAGGAUCAGGAGGAACGUCUGUUUGAUAUAAAGUCAGAAGAUAUAGAAGGAGAAGAAGAGACGUAUGUGACUGAUAUAAAGGCAGAAGAUAUAGAAGGAGAAGAAGAUACGUAUGUGACUGAUAUAAAGGCAGAAGAUACAGAGGGAGAAGAAGAGACGUAUGUGACUGAUAUAAAGGCAGAAGAUUCAGAGGGAGAAGAAGAGACGUAUGUGACUGAUAUGAAGGCAGAAGAUACAGAGGGAGAAGAAGAGAUGUAUGUGACUGAUAUAAAGGCAGAAGAUACAGAGGGAGAAGAAGAGACGUAUGUGACUGAUAUAAAGGCAGAAGAUAUAGAGAGAGAAGAAGAGAUGUAUGUGACUGACAUAAAGACAGAAGAUAUAGAGGGAGAAGAAGAGACGUAUGUGACUGAUAUAAAGGCAGAAGAUAUAGAGGGAGAAGAAGAGACGUAUGUGAGGGGUGAUCAGCAGUGUAAGGAGGAGGAAAUCCCUACAGAUAUCCGCACAGCAGAUGGACACACAAGCAGGAAUAUCACAGAAGGACAUCUAAUGUCAUCCCCGGAUUGUGACAUAAAAGAUAAUGACAGUAGACAGGAUUCUCCAGGAGAUAACCCCUUUACCCCAAUUAUACAUCCAGCUCUAUCAGCUGAGCCCUCUGAUCCUGGGAAAUGUUCUCCUGAUCACUCUGAUAUUGGUGCAUCUGUUCCAGCUCUGAGAGUAGAUACAGUGUUUCCCUGUUCCAUAGAUGCCAAAUGUUUUACACAGAACACAAAGCCUAUUAACCCACACACAGGUAAGGUAGGUGAAAGGCCACUGAUAUGUUCUGAGUGUGGGAAAUGUUUUACAUACAAAUCAGAUCUUGUUAAACAUCAGAGAAGUCACACAGGUGAGAAGCCAUUUCCAUGUUCUGAGUGUGGGAAAUAUUUUACACUGAAAUCACAUCUUGUUACACAUCAUAGAAGUCACACAGGUGAGAAGCCAUUUCCAUGUUCUGAGUGUGGGAAAUAUUUUACACUGAAAUCACAUCUUGUUACACAUCAUAGAAGUCACACAGGUGAGAAGCCAUUUCUAUGCUCUGAGUGUGGGAAAUGUUUUACAUACAAAUCAGAUCUUGUUACACAUCAGCGAAGUCACACAGGUGAGAAGCCAUUUCCAUGUUCUGAGUGUGGGAAAUGUUUUACACUGAAAUCAUAUCUUGUUAUACAUAACAGAAGUCACACAGGUGAGAAACCAUUUUCUUGCUCUGAGUGUGGGAAAUGUUUUACACUGAAAUCACAUCUUGUUAUACAUAACAGAAGUCACACAGGUGAGAAACCAUUUACUUGCUCUGAGUGUGGGAAAUGUUUUACCUGCAAAUCACAUCUUGUUUCACAUCAGCAAAGUCACUCAGGUGAGAAGCCAUUUCCAUGUUCUGAGUGUGGGAAAUGUUUUGCACACAAAUCAGCUCUUGUUAUACACCAGAGAAGUCACACAGGUGAGAAGUGGUUUUCUUGCUUUGAGUGUGGGAAAUGUUUUACCUGCAAAUCACAACUUGUUACCCAUCAGCAAAGUCACACAAGUGAAAGGCCAUUUCCAUGUUCUGAGUGUGGGAAAUGUUUUACACGGAAAUUACAACUUGUUAGACAUCAGAAAAGUCACAUAGAUGAGAAGCCAUUUUCUUGCUCUGAGUGUGGGAAAUGUUUUACAUGGAAAUCAGAACUUGUUCCACAUCAGCGAAGUCACACAGGUGAGAAGCCAUUUUCUUGCUCUGUGUGCGGGAAAUGUUAUACACAAAAAUCAUAACUUGUUUUACAUCAGCGAAGUCACACAGGUGAGAGGCCAUUUCCAUGUUCUGAGUGUGGGAAAUGUUUUGCACACAAAUCAGCUCUUGUUAGACAUAACAGAAGUCAUACAGGUGAGAAGCCAUUUUCUUGCUCUGAGUGCAGGAAAUGUUUUACACAGAAAUCACAACUUGUUAUACAUCAGCGAAGUCACACAGGUGAGAGGCCAUUUCCAUGUUCUGAGUGUGGGAAAUGUUUUACACAGAAAUCACAACUUGUUACACAUCAGCAAAGUCACACAGGUGAGAAGCCAUUUUCUUGCUCUGUGUGCGGGAAAUGUUAUACACAAAAAUCAAAUCUUGUUAGACAUCAGCGAAGUCACACAGGUGAGACGUCAUUUUCAUACUCUGAGAAAUAAAUCCGCUCUUGUUGCACACAGUAGACAUCACUCAGGUGAGGAACCAUUUUAAUCUUCUUAAGUAUACUCAUUGCCAUGCAUUGUUCUUCAAGUUUCUUAUCCUCUCCUAUGUUUUUUGCAAUAUACAUACUACCACUGGGUGAAAUAAUCAGAUGUCAUGCCAUCAUCUACCACUGCUAUGCAGAUGACCUGUCUUUUGCUCCAGGUACUGAGUACCCAGUCCCAAUCCUAAAUUGUUGUCUAGCUGAGCUCCAGGUGUGGGUGAUGCCAGUUGGCUGUGACUCAGUCCUGGUGAAACAGGUCUUUAUGGUAGAAGCUCACCAACAAAGGGCAGGGCUACAGCUCAGCUUUGCAAACCAACCGGGCUUGGGGGUUCAGAGUUACAGAAUACUGAUCAUGUGUGGAAUCUUGGUGUCCUGGAUGGUGGAGUGACACUUAGACAUCAGGUAUCAGCCACAAUCAGAUCCUCAUCUGAGGAACAUAGCCAGACUCCAGCACUUAUUUCCCUCAGAAGAUCUACCUACAGUCAUACAUGCACUUGUAUCAUCACACAUAGACUACUGCAAUGUCCUCUACCUGGGUCUCCCAGCAAAAGAAUUGCACCACUUGUAGCUUGUACAGAAUGCAGCAGCCAGGCUGUUACCUAACCAGCCCAUUCCUGCCACAUAACACCCAUUCUCUGCUCCCUUCACCGGCUGCCUGUAAGAUGGUGACUAUUACAUAAUCUUACUUACUCAGCCCACCAUGACCAGGGUCCAUGGCACCAGAAGCAGCUUCUGCCUCCUUACUGCCCUGCUUUCUUACUUCCACCUGCAGAUGAAGGACUGUUACCAGCAAUACCAAGAAUCCCCAAGCACUGCUGAGAUGUCAGGGGAGACAGGUUGGGUGGUAUUAGUGCUGUAGUGGGCUCUGCCAGAGGCACUGUCUAUGGGUAAUGUUGUUCCCAAGCAGCGCUGAGGUGGCAGAGGGGAGACAAG